UUGUCUCUGCGCUCAACUUCUCCCAGCCGCCGCUCUGGGUUUGAUUACUUUCGCCUGCUCGUCGACUUGUUUUUAUGAAAUGAACGGACGUAAGAGCAGCUAACUUAGCUGCUCACUGCACGGCUCAGUCACUACAAGGAGAAGAGAACCUCCUGUCCAGCACCGCAGCAUCAUGGAAGCCUGUUCACGGAUCAGAGGGGUCCCGUUAAAGAGUCGUGCCACCAUGAAGAAAGAGACCAUCCGUGAAGGCUCAAACCCGGGCCUGAAGAGCCUGUUGAAACACAAGAAGGAGCUCUGCAAUGUUGUAAUGGAGCUGCAUAAUAAAGAACCACAGUCUCUAUCAGAAGUACAUUAUAUAUGCUUACCUAGUCAUACUGAGGGGGAAGAUUUUACUCUACAGGCUCUGACUUCCCUCUCCACUGAAAUGAUGGAGUUGCUUAGAUCACUACAUGUAUACGCCCUUAAAGAUGAAGAGAUUCUGCUCCUCAAAGACCCCAAAAGGCCCUUUGAGAGAAAAGACAGUGUUUCUCAGGUUUGUUCAAGAGCUUUGUGCAUAUUGAGACAUAGCCCCACUCCUCAGAUUAGUGUUUGCAGCAUUCUGGGGUUGUUGGCUCGAUAUACAGCUGGGAUAAGGUAUGCACUGGAGUUACAGGUUCUGCAGAGGGGCGCUUCAGAAGCUUGCCAAGCUGAGGAUGAUGACACAAAUCAGUCUGUCUCUUCUAUCGAAGAGGACUUUGUUACUGCUUUUGAGCAUCUUGAAGAGGAGAAUACAGGUGGCCAUAGUCAGAGGAGCCAAAGGGAUGUGGCAUCCCAGACUGUCCCCUCUCAUUUAAGAGAAUUAUCUGGAUCUCGCAUUAUUAUAAGUUCCAUACCGAGGAAGUCAGUGCGCAAGGAAAAGGCUGCUGCAAAAGUGUCAGAAACUGUCCUGAAGUCAACAACAUGGCCUGCAAGUUCAGGGAGCUCGUAUGCACUUAGCAGUCUUCCAAAGGGACACACUACUUCCACAUACCUCACAGAGUCAGAUGAGUCAGACUGCUCAAGUCCCAGCCCUAUUAUAUUCCUGGAUGAAGUUGGAUAUCAGAAGAGUCUUAAAGCAAAACUUGACAUUCCCAAGAUCCCCGUUUUAAAGGAUGGAGUAGAAGAUUCUGACUCAGAAGUCAGUGAAUUUUUUGACAGCUUUGAUCAAUUUGAUGAACUAGACCAGUCUUUUGAUUCCAACAUCAAGGUCCUUAAAGAACAGCCCCUCCCUGGCCGAACAAAGAAGCUUGUUGACAACUCUGGUUGUAAAUUUAUAUCAAGGGGGUGUUCGACCACAGCAAUGAACCCUCAUAAGUUUGAUCAUAGGACUCUUCCAGCCAAUGUCAAGAAACCAACUCCACUUAAACCAGGAUCACUGUACGGUAUUCAUUCUGAUUCGCCAGAUUCCCAAUGGCCUGUGAGGACUCCCUGCGAGGAAAGCGGGCCGCUUUUCAGUCCAGUUUGUUCAUCUGCAUUUAGCCCACUGGGAGAAGGAGGCUCCUUAGAGUAUUUUUGGAAGACAGAUGGAGAUGGCUCAGAAUUACAUAAACCACAGGACCUUUGCUCGCUGUACAAAACGUACUCUGAUUUUGCCAACAACCUGUCAAAAGAAAUACUUGGAUCGGUCUGUGGGUACUCCUCCCCUGUUGAUUUUAACAUUAAUAAGAACUUGAGCUGUGUGUGUCAUAAGGAGUUCAAAAACACUAAUGGGCAUCUAAUGAAGCUUUCAGACAUCCAGGAGACAGUCACCAUUACCAAAUCUCAAUCACAGUCUCUUAAGGAUGGGAUUCAGAAGUUUGCUACAGACUUGGUUGAAAUGAGCCUUGGAAGUGCCUUAAGAGACUUGCAGAAAGGUGUGUCCUCCUGUACCACUACACUUUGCCAUUUGGCUGCAAGACUGACUUCUUCAGUAUUUCAAAUGGCCUUUCAUGAGAUAGGUAUGCGCCAUGCAUAUGUGUUAAAAGAGCGUGCCAUAAACGGUCUUGCCAGUUUCCUAGUAGGAGAAGCCAUUUCUGGAGCCCUUCUGGAGUUCCUUUUUGUGAAAAAGCAGAUUUUCAACAACACCGUCACACGAUUUGCUGCAGAUCUGGCUGAGGAGUUAGUGUUUGAAGGUCUUAUGGAGGUUUGCCAGUUUUCACAUCCCUCAACUCCACUCACACCAAGUGACUGGUCGUUUGAGCAAGAGGAAGAAGUGGUUUCAUCCUAUGCCUCUGACCUGUCGGAGUCUGUUCUCCAAGAGGCUUUUAUAGAGCUAUCACAAGCUGAUGUGACUUUCACUACACAGGCAGCUAUCAGUGUGUCAGUAGACAACAUUUGCUAUGUGAGUGCUGAAGAUAGUUCUCUCAUCACAAAAACCUGCAGUGCGCAGACAAGCCAUCUUGGAUCUCAGGCUGUCGCAGAGGCUGCAAAUCAAGAGCAGGAUGGUUGCACAGUGAAGAAAGCCUUGUAUUGUGUGUCUGGUAUGGCCAGUUGUGUUCCAGUUCCAGUGGCUGGCAAGGUCAUAUCCCAUGUGCAUCACCCAUGUGAAACUUCUCAGAAUAAAUCCAGUAUUGGUCACAUAUGUCAGACCAGUCCUAAAAGAACCAUUUGUUGCCAAGUGGAAGUGGGUUCCUCAACCUCAGAUUCCUCUGAAGCAACUCAGACUGAGUCAUCACCAGGUCCUGCAAGAAUCCAGGAUGCCAGUGGUGAGGAAGUUCUUGGCAGUCCAUCCGUUGAAAAGGAUUCCACCAAACCUUCGAUUGGAAAGACUUUUCAAAACUUCUCUGGGAAUAUGGUGGACACUAUAGUAGGGGAGGCAUUUGAUCUGAUGCAUUCUUCGACAAAAGUGAAGAAGAAAGUGGAGGAUUGUGCAGACUUUUUAAGCAAAACUAUAGCAGCUCGCAUAUCCACUCCAAGCCAUGGAAUUGUUAAAUCACACGAUGCAUCGACUCCCUCUCAGGUUCCCUUUCACUUGGUGUCAAAGGGCUCUUGUGACCCAUCCUCCGGAAGUAUAUGUCCAGUCUCCAAGCUCACCCCAGAGGUCCGUUCUGUCGUGAAAAUGGACACAUUGGAAGUGCCCACUUUUGAAGUUGCCUCAUGUGGAGGUAGAAAAGUCAGUGCAGGUGAUUUUUCAAGCAGUAACUCUGGGACAAAAUCGACUGAAAUCCCUAGCACUCCACCCUCAAGUCCUCAGCAGCCAUCGGACGAGUACAGUGAGAAACAGGUCAGACAGUUCUCCAAGAAGCUCAAAGGUACGCUCGCAAAAGAAUUUUUUCCUGCGACUCCUCCACCCACCCCUUAUUACCCCCCUGCCGCCGACACCAAAGAAGAAGGUUUGGUUUCAGACAAGGCCGAUUUUAUAGUGAAACUCAUUAGGUCUCUCUCUGAAGAAGCUGGCAGCAAUGAAGAUGAGGAGGAAGACCAGGAAGAUGGUCCUCACUCUGGAAACUGCCAGGCAGAGCUGAGCCCCAACAUCAGGAGCAGAAUGAUCGAGAGGAGAGCGCUCCAUUAUGCAGAGCGUUUGGCAUGCCACAUUGUUUCAAUGGCCACUGAGAUGGACACGCUAAGCUUUGGAGAGGUGAAGAAGCUGGUGGGUGAUGAAAGCAAAGGCAGUGUCGCCUUGCAUAGUGCACAGUUCUCUGAGCAGACUUUAAAUUCCUUGUGGACAUAUGCUGGAGAAGUGGCUGGAGAAGUCAUCAAUGAUGUCAAGAAGAUGAUGAGUUCAAGCCACUGUCAUCAUAAAAUGCUAAAAAGAGGAUCUGUAAACUCUGCAGACAAACAUCAGAGUGGAGAGAGCCUUUUGGGAAGUUUGACUUGUCAGUGGCCUGGUGAUGUCCAAGUGAGUGGCAAUUCAAGUGGGAUGUCAUCGGAGUAUCCAAGUUGCGAGAGUGUCACUGACGAAUAUGCGGGAUACCUUAUUAAGGUGCUCAAGAAAGAGGGGGGCAACCGAGAGCUUAUAUUAGAUCAGUACGCCACUCGCUUGGCAUAUCGAUCUAUUAAAUCUGGCCUGGCUUAUGCGGCACGAAAAAUAAAGCAAAUAUCUCCUUUGAGACUUCAUUCCUCUAGGCGUUUGCACAGUGAUCGUAGUCCUGAUGUUUCCCAGUUUACCACAUCCAAGUCAUCCCAUGCUUCACUCAUUGAUGGAAAAGAUGGAUCGUCUUGUGAAUCCCUGCCAUGUGCUUGUCAAGACGGUCAAGACAUGAGCAGUAAUGAAUAUGUAGAACUUGUGAACUUUGCAGAGUCGCUGGCCUACAACAUCACAUGUGAUGUUACGAGAAAGCUGAGAAUGAGCUCUGUUAGACUGCCAAAAUCGCUCACUGAUUCUUGCCUCUAUAGGAAAUCCACUGUUGAGGAUAUGCCAGAAAAUCUUAUAAAAAAUAAAUUUUCAUGCUCUCUUCUACCUUAUACAGAAUCUAACAGGCUCUACCAUAGUACCAGCAGCUUGAAUGAUGACAAAAGAGACAAUGGUGUAAUACAAGUCAUUGAACAUUAUGCCAGGAAAAUUGUCAAUGACACAUUGGAAAUGACGCUGGGACCGGCAUGUGUUCAGGCAGCGGGAGACAGGAGGGCACUUGAUCGCAAUUCCUUCACAGAAAAGCUGGCUGAGGCAUAUGAAGCUUGUCGAUACUGCCAAGGUCGAGACUGCCUGUUUUGCAGUAGAGAUGGCCGUCAUGGUUUCCAGGGAGUGAAAAUAAGAAGGCAACAAGAAUCAGAUGCAGUGACUGUGCUGGAAAUUCCUAGAAUACACAUUGAUUUGGAAAAGAGAGCUGCUUUUGCUGAAGAAAUGGUGUCCAGUGCCAUUGAGAAAGCCAAAAAGGAACUGAGCUGCACCAGUCUGAAUGCAGACAGUGGGAUCGGUCAUGAUGGCGCAAGCUUUGCAGAAAGUCUCACCACAGAGAUUAUGACAUCUGCAUUGUCCAACGUCUGCCAAACCGUCAAUCUUGGUACCUCCAGAAGAGAAGGCGUCAAUGUGACGGAGUCAACGGUGAGUCAGCAGCUCAGUUUGAGCGUUGGUGAUGACAGUCUUGGUAGUUGGUCCAAUCUGAGUUUUGAAGAAGACCACCCAGAUGAGAGCAGCAGCUUUCACCAUCUUAGUGACAGCAGUAAUGGAAACAGCAGUAGCUGGAGCAGUCUGGGUUUAGAAGGCGAGGUUUAUGAAGAGCAUUUGUCCUUCUCUCCAUCAGACAGUGACGGCACUGAAGAGAAGGAAGCUGAGGCCAAAGAGGAUUCAGGCGGAGUGGUGCGAGUGGAGAGGGACCAUGGGCCAGCAGAAAGAGCUCUUCUUGUGGUCAGUACAGAUAUCCAGGGUCGAGCUGAGGACCCCCAGUUGACGGCUGUGCUCCAGUGGAUUGCUGCCUCUAUCGCUGAUCUGUCUUUAAUGCAGCUAAGCCAGUUCUCAGCCCAGGAGCUACAGCAGCUGCCGGCCGUGGCGCAGAGUCUGAGGGAGAGAGAGUUCAGGGUUGGCGACCUCCUGCAGGCUCUUCUGAGAUACUUUGAAGAACGUCGCUCUGAGGAAGAGGUCGGGGACACAAGGAACAGCCACAAGAGCCUCUUCCAGUGGCUUCUGGAGCAAGCGUAAAUCACCAUCACACUGACACCCGUCAGCAGUUAAACAAUGAAGUUUCCUGUCACUUUACAGUGAUCUGCAAUGUAUCUGCCAAACCUAGAGGCAUAGCCAGUGGAAUGUGUUAAUGUGUUGUGUAUUGCUUGUGCACCUGUGGCCACCCAGGGGGCACCAUAGAAACAACUGAAGUAAUCUAAGAGCCAUUCGUUCAAGUGUGUGUAUUGCAUGCCGUGACCGAGAGUAUCUUUUGCUUGCUUUCACCUCUCUUUUUAUCAUCACAUUGUUUUCUUUAAG